AUGCUCCAAACCGUCGUGAGACGUCUCUUCCGGCCUAAUUCUGCGACUGGCGUCCCUGCAGCAGCCUGGAUCGGCCAGGCCAGGCAAUAUGCGGCGGCGGCCGCCGCUUCUCUGGGCAGCAGCAAUAAGCUGAAGCUCCGGGAUUACCAGCAAGAAUGCAUCAAAUCCGUAGUCUUGUCUCUCAAGCGAGGGCAUAAGAGAGUUGGCAUAUCCCUGGCCACCGGCAGUGGCAAGACUGUCAUCUUCACUCAGCUCAUAGACAAGGUCCCCGACCGGGUCAAAAAUGCCAGCCAGACUCUCAUCCUGGCUCAUCGCCGUGAGCUGGUAGAGCAAGCAGCCAAACACUGCCAGCUCGCCUAUCCAGACAAGAGGAUCGAGAUUGAAAUGGGCUCACUCCACGCAUCGGGCACGGCAGACAUCACCAUUGCGAGUAUCCAGAGCAUAACGUCCAGGGACCGACUGGACAAGUACGAUCCUGCAAGGUUCAAGCUCGUCCUUGUCGAUGAGGCUCAUCACAUUGUUGCGCCGGGCUACCUCAGGACGUUGAAACACUUUGGUCUUGAUCAGAAGAGAUACAACUCACCCACCCUGAUAGGAGUGUCUGCCACUUUCUCUCGAUUCGACGGAGUCAAGCUCGGCGCCGCUAUUGACGAGAUAGUCUACCACAAGGACUACGUCGACAUGAUUUCGGACAAAUGGCUCUCAGACGUCGUCUUCACCACAGUCGAGUCCUCAGCCAACCUGUCCAAAGUCAAGAGCGGCGCUUUCGGCGACUUCCAGGCAGGCGAGCUCUCCAAGGCCGUCAACACCGACACCAUCAACGAAAUCACAGUCCGCAGCUGGCUCGCCAAGGCACCAGACCGGAAAUCCACCCUCGUCUUCUGCGUUGACCUCGCGCAUGUCGCGGGCCUGACGAAAAAGUUCCGCGAGUUUGGCUUCGACGCCCGCUUCGUCACGGGGGACACUCCCAAGGUAGAGAGGAGCACCAUCCUCGAGGGCUUCAAGAAGCGCGAAUUCCCCGUGCUCGUCAACUGCGGCGUCUUCACCGAGGGCACCGACAUCCCAAACAUUGACUGCAUCGUGCUGGGCAGGCCAACGAGGUCACGCAACCUGCUGGUGCAGAUGAUUGGGCGCGGCAUGAGGCUGCACCCGGACAAGAAGAACUGCCACAUCAUCGACAUGGUCUCUAGCCUUGAGACGGGCAUUGUCACCACGCCGACGUUGUUUGGCCUCGACCCCAACGAAUUAGUUGAAAAGGCCUCGGUCGACGACAUGCGGAAAAUCAAGGACCGAAAGGCCGCAGAGGCAGAACAGCAGCAACAGCAAGGAAAUUCCUCUGGCGCAAGCUCCAGCGCUUCUCCGGCUGUUACUUUCACCGACUACUCUUCCGUCCUAGAUCUAAUUGCCGACACCUCCGGCGAGCGGCACAUCCGCGCCAUCAGCCAAUACGCCUGGGUCCAAAUCGGCCCAGAGCGCUUCGUCCUCUCCGCCCCAAGCGGGUCAUACAUCCGUAUCGAGAGAAUCGCCGCCGAACAAAAGAGCGGCUCCUCCUACUCAGAAGCACCGACCUACCACGCAGUUGAGAUCCGCGCCCUGCCCCUAGGCGUCGCAAAAUCGCCCUACAGCGCCCCUCGCGAGAUCCUCAAAGCCGCCACCUUUGACGACGCGGUCCACGGCGCCGACAGUUACGCCGCCGGCGCCUUCCCACACAGCUUCAUAGAGCGGCGCCAGUCGUGGAGGAGGCUGCCCCCGACGCAAGGCCAGGUCGACCUCAUCAACAAGCUCCGCGGCAAAGGCAGCAACCCUCUCUCGACGAUGGGGUUGACAAAGGGCAAGGCAGCCGACAUGAUUACGAAGCUGAAGCACGGGGCGCGAGGCCUGUUCGCGCGGAUGGAAGCGGAGAUGCGAAGAAGGGAGAAGACGAAGACUACGCUUGAUGACUGGCGGCAUAGGGAGCACGUUAGGGUCGGGCCACUGUCGGCUUGA